CCCAGAGUCCAGCCAGUCAACUGACGACGGUGGCGACCUCCUCUUCAUUUCCGCUGCGGGCAGACACGUACGUGCAGAACGCACGAGUUUUGCAUUCAUCGGCAAAAAUCGAGUUUGUUUUCCUGUUACUAGUGUUGAAAUAUAGCAAAAAAUGGCUGGUACCCUAUACACUUAUCCGGGAAAUUUUCGCGCAUACAAAGCGCUGAUUGCCGCUCAGUUCUCCGGUGCCAAAGUGAACUUGGCAUCGAACUUUGUUUUCGGCGAAACCAACAAAAGUGAUGCAUUCCUGAAGAAAUUCCCCCUCGGGAAGGUUCCGGCCUUUGAGUCCGCAGACGGCAAGUUCCUAACGGAAAGUAACGCUAUUGCGUACUACGUUGCUAAUGAGCAGCUACGCGGUAAGACCGAUUUCGAGAAAGCCGAGGUGCUGUCAUUCUUGUCCUUUGCCGACAAUGAGCUGCUUCCAGCCGUCCACGGUUGGGUUUUUCCGAUUCUGGGAAUCAUUCAGUACCAGAAGAACAAUGUCGAACGUGCCAAGCAAGACCUGAAAGCUGCUCUGGCAGCGUUGAAUGCACGUCUGCUUCGUCAAACUUUCCUGGUUGGCGAACGGAUCACCCUGGCCGAUAUAGUCGUUUUCGCAACAUUACUGAGCGCCUACGAAAAUGCUCUGGAUCCGUCCUUCCGUGCACCUUUCGGUAGUGUUACUCGUUGGUUUACAACGGUACUGAACCAACCGCAGGUAAAGGCCGUAGUGCCAGGCUUUGCUCUGUGUGCCAAGGCGGCGGAAAUCGACCCGAAGAAGUUUGUCGAGUUCCAGAUUAAGACCGGUGGAGCACCGCAGCAGCAGCAGAAGAAGGAAAAGGAGAAGAAGCCUCAACCUCCACCGGCGGCCAAGAAGGUAGAACCGGCAGAAGAGCUGGAUGCCUGUGAGCUAGCUCUAGCCGAGGAACCCAAAUCUAAGGAUCCUUUCGAUGCGAUGCCCAAGGGAACUUUUGUAUUCGACGAUUUUAAGCGGUUCUACUCCAACGAAGAGGAAUCCAAAUCGAUUGCGUACUUCUGGGAAAAGUUUGAUCCGGAACAUUACUCCAUCUGGUAUGGCGAGUACAAAUAUCCCGAGGAAUUGAGUAAGGUAUUCAUGAGCUGCAAUCUGAUCACCGGAAUGUUCCAGCGACUGGACAAAAUGCGUAAGCAGUCUUUCGCUUCGGUUUGCCUGUUCGGAGAGGACAACAACAGCACAAUCUCCGGUAUUUGGGUCUGGCGCGGUCAGGAUCUUGCCUUCACGCUGUCCCCGGAUUGGCAGGUAGAUUACGAGGUUUACGAUUGGAAGAAACUGGAUGCCAGCUCGAAGGAAACAAAAGAGCUGGUAGCGCAGUAUUUCUCCUGGACCGGUGCCGACAAACAGGGUCGUAAGUUCAAUCAAGGCAAAAUCUUCAAGUAGGAGGAAAAUUGCUGCGGCAAUAAGGUCUCGAUAGCGAAAAAAAAUCGCUUUUUUACGGUUAUCAAUGAAAAGAAACAGUUGCCUGAUGGAAUUGUCUGUCUCUCUUCUGUGAGCCCCCCUCAUCGAACAGGUUAAAACAGCAUUUGGUUAUAACUGAACUGGAACAACCACGAAAGUACCGUGAAGAUACCUUUUUUGUUAAAAUAAAUCAAUACUUAAGACGAAA